AUGUCUUUAGGAAAGCUCAUAACUCUUAAGACUAACGAUAAUGAGGAAUUCAAACUCGACAAGACUGUAGCUGUAAAGUUAGAAAUCAUCAAGAACAUAGUACAAGAUGUUGAUUGUACUUCUAAUGUCAUCCCCUUGCCCAAUAUUGAUGGCAAAACAAUGACAAAGGUGGUUAAAUAUUGGAAGAAACAUUCGGAGGAAGGUGUUACAGAAGUCCAAUUAAAGAAUUUUGAUCAGGAUUUCUUGAAGAUGAGUCACUCAGAAUUACAUGACGUUCACUUGGCUGCUAAAUAUCUUGAUGAUAACCAAUUAAAGGAGGUAAUAAUCCAAGAAUUUCUUGAUAGGAUCAAAGGGAAACCAAUAGAGGAAAUACGUGAAGUAUUUGGUAUCGUGAAUGAUUAUACUCCAGAGGAAGAGGAGGAGGUCCGUAGAGAGAAUGCUUGGGCUUUUGAAUGA